AUGGAAAACUUCCCAUUGCUCUCCCGCCUUCCCUCCAUGGAGAACAUCGACCUCUCCUCGUUCAAGAAGCGGUUGAACGCCGAUCUCUCCUCGGCGAAGCGGUACCUGCGCUGGAAGUGGCUGAGGCUGUCGAGGAGGCGGUUCCUGGCGCGCAAUGUCGAGGGCGCGCCGCCGGGUCUGAAGGCGGACUUCGCGAGCAUGCUCGAGGACGAGGAGGGCGCGGACGUCACGUUCCUCGUCGGCGACCGGCAGUUCCGCGCGUACAGGCGCGUGCUCACCGCGGGGUCGCCGGUGCUCGAGGCGGAGCUCGUCGGCCAGAUGCAGGAGCUGGAGACCUCCGCGGAGCUCGUCAAGAUCGACGGCAUGGAGCCGGCCAUCUUCGAGGCCCUCCUCCACUACGCCUGCACGGGCGCGCUGCCGGAUAGCGUCGACGGCAACGAGCCGCUGCAGCGCCUGCUGGUCGCCGCGGACCGGUACGGGAUGCACAACCUGAUGGCCAUGUGCGAGUGGAAGCUGUGCAAGAGCAUCGACGCGCAGACCGUCCCGACGACGCUGGCAUUGGCCGAGAAACACCACCGCGCGAAGCUCGAGGAUGCUUGCAUCAGAUUCGAGUCCUCCAAGAGUGUGCUCGCCGCCAUCAGGGAACACCAGCUGCCGUCACGGGUGAUAGGGACCAUGGCCCGGUUGGGGACGCGCGUCCAAGGGAGGCUAACGCUGUUGGGGACGAAGGCGACCUCGUUGUUUCGCCAUGCGAGGAACAGCCAGGCCUGCCGGGACACCGUGCUGUUUGUCUCCUCGUGGGGCCUUCUCCUAUACCUAUCCAUCAAAAUGGAGCACAUCAUAGAGGAGGCUAUCCAACCUGAGCAAGAGUCUUGGCUCGACAACUUCCAACAGAUGCAGUCUUCCAUCUCUCGGGUCUCCUGGAUCUGCCGGCUCGCUUUCCUUGAGCGCAACCUCCAAGAGUUCCAAGAAUCCGCAUGGCUCAACUCGGAUAUAUGA